AUGAAGAAAGCAAUAGAUUCUUACUCCAGAGUUAGAAUUUGCCGUGCAUCAGUUGUAAAGGUGAACACUAGCGCACAGGAUCUGCAUAAUGGUGGAGAAGGAAAGUUCGUUCGUUACGAUAAGCUGAUGAAGAGGGAGACCAGCCAUAGAAGUAUCCGAUUGGAGGUCAUUGAGCCGUUCACAUCUUCGCAUGUGUCAACUGGCUUAUUGUACAAAAAUGGUAAAUCCAAGGAAAACAAAAGUGAACAUUAUGAAUUCAGUUGCUCUCAAGCAGGUUGCAUCAAGUUAUUCGAAACGACCGCAGCUUUGCAAAACCACCAGGACUUUGGCAAGCACAUUUUUCACACUCGAAAGGAUUCCAUGCAUGACAGUAUUAAGCCUCUGGAUCAAAUCAAUAACCGAACAGAUAUCUUACCUGGAUAUAGACUGGAGAUGGCACUGAACGACACAAAGUGUGACCCUGGAGUCGGAAUGCAUAUUCUAUACGACCACAUCUACAAAGAGCCGAAGAAAAUAAUGCUUCUCGGGGCAGCUUUCUCUCCAGUUUCUCAGCCGAUAGCUGACACCGCAAAAUAUUGGAAUUUAGUACAGGUAUCUUACGCGUCUACAUCUCCAGCUUUAAGCAACCGUGAACGUUACCCUCGAUUUUUCCGCACUAUAUCGUCAGACUUAGCGUUCAACCCAGCACGUGCCGCGCUCCUGUCAAAGUAUGGUUGGAAACGGGUCGCUACACUACACCAGAACGAACCGUCAGGAAUAUUUUCACAGGCCACAAAGGAACUGCAUAAGCUUCUUGCUCAAAUGAAGGUUGAGGUUGUAGCGGGAGAAAGCUUCACCGGGAAACCUACUCGCCAGUUAGCGAACAUCAAGGAAAAAGAAGCGAGGAUUAUCAUCGGAAGUUUCUAUGAGCCGAGUGCGAGACAGGUUUUCUGUGAGGCCUAUAAAAAACAAAUGUUUGGCAAGCGAUUCGUAUGGAUAAUCAUAGGGUGGUACGAAGACAAAUGGUGGGAGAAACGACUGGAUAAGGAAAAUGUCGAUUGCUCUCUGAGUGAAAUGAGCCAGGCAGUGGAAGGAUACCUUGCUACAGAUCAUAUGAAACUUAAUGAAGAUGACAUAACUUCUCAGAACAAGACUAUAUCUGGUUGGACUGCUGAACAAUAUGCAAAUGAAUUCAAGCGCUUAGCGAAUAUAAGCGCAGUUCACGAGUCCUCUUUUGCAUAUGACGCGACCUGGGCAAUCGCUUGGGCCUUCAACAAAUCCAUAAAGCGUCUUGCAGACCGCGGGAAGUUUUUGGAAAAUUUCACUUAUACAGACACAGAAAUGGCAGACGUGGUUCAAGAAGCACUGAACAGCACCAGCUUUUUGGGAGUUACGGGCCUCGUGUCUUUCACAAAGAACGGAGAGAGAAUUGGAUACAUCCAGAUUGAACAGCUGCAAGAUGGUGAAAGCAAACGGGUUGCUGUUUACGACCCAACCACCAAUUCUGUCACCAUGAAUAAGAGAGAACCCAUCAGGUGGCAAGGUUCUGGACCACCACGUGACCGUACUAUCAGAGUCGAUGAGCUGAAAUCCAUUUCAAGGGCACUCUAUGGCUUCAUGUCAACUUUAGCUGUACUUGGCAUUUUCCUUGGACUUGUCUUUCUCUUAAUAAACUUUUGGUAUCGAGAAAGAAGGAUAAUUAAGAUGUCCAGCCCUCGGCUUAAUAACGUUAUCGUGGUGGGUUGUAUAAUGACGUAUUUCUCCGUGAUUCUCUUUGGAUUGGACGGCGGCUUGAUACCUACUGAGGAAUACGGAAAAGUUUGCAUUGCCCGCGCUUGGAUCAUGUCCAUUGGCUUUACUCUGGCAUUUGGCGCAAUGUUCGCUAAAACAUGGCGUGUCCAUGCUAUCUUUAAAAGUUUAACUCCCAAGAAGAAGGUUAUUCGUGACGAGCAUUUGUUCCUGAUAAUUGGAGCCAUUGUGUUGUUAGAUAUUCUUCUCCUGUCUUUGUGGAGUGGGAUUGAGCCAAUGCACACCGGCUAUCAAAGAUUUAUUGACGAGGUGUGGUAUAGUUGUCCCACAAUCCAUUUGUUCCUGAUAAUUGGAGCCAUUGUGUUGUUAGAUAUUCUUCUCCUGUCUUUGUGGAGUGGGAUUGAGCCAAUGCACACCGGCUAUCAAAGAUUUAUUGACGAGAUGCAAUUAAAGGACGAUAAGGAAAUAAUUCCUAGGCUGGAGCAUUGUGAAUCGAAGAACCUUUCUUAUUGGCUGGGAGCUGUGUAUGCUUUCAAAGGCCUCUUACUGGUCUUUGGAGUCUUUCUUGCGUGGGAAACACGCGCCGUCACAAUACCAGCCUUGAACGACUCGCGUUACAUCGGGAUGUCUGUUUAUAAUGUUGUGAUACUUUCUAUUCUUGGAGUGGCUAUUACCUCUGUUAUUCGAGAUCACCAGGAUGCAACGUUUGCCAUAACAGCUGUAUUCAUCAUUUUUUGCACCACUUUGACCCUCUGCUUCGUAUUCGUGCCAAAGGUUCUACAGCUGUGUUCACCAGACGGUGGAAACGAGGCUAGCAACACACACAAAAGUACUGCUAAUAAUCCAGAUUCUCUGUCAACCUUGGACAAGAAUGCAGUGAAUAUUAGCAUGGAGAACUCCAAACUAAAGAAACAGUUGUCUGAGCGGGAGCAACACUUAAUGGAACUAAAAAGACUUUUGGAGAAGGUAGCACCAGACUUAAUUGACGAUAAAGAGAAGAAAUUUAAGAAGAGGCAGUCAUUGGUGACAUUCAAGAAACCCGAACCAUCCUACACCAAUGAUAACUACGAGUCCGAUGAAAGAAUUUCAAGUGACAAGGGCUCGGGAAAGAAGAAGACAAACUCUUCAGAUAGUGGAGUGAAAAUUUAGCCGAAAAUAUAACCAAAGCACUCAGUGAGCUUCUCGAAAAGCUAGAUUGCACCCAACGAAGAUGAACAUGGCUUAAUUUCCCUAAAUUGUUUUCAGCUUUAUACAGAGAGGAUAGAAGUAAAAAAGUAACAAAAAGCCGGUAACGCUCUGGUUUUCGAACACCUGAAACAUGCUAUGUGAAGACAUUUAUGCUAUGAGCUAUGAAAGGAAGACGCAUAUUUUCCCUCAGAGGACUGCUUUGUAUUAUUUAUAUCAUAACCAUUCAAAUAGUCUCUAGAGUCUGAUGUGUAAUAAACUGCAUUCACAAUCUUUA